AAAUGCUACUGUUGACAGAGAACUUUGUUAAUAUAUCUAAUCCGAAUAGUUUCCUGUGCAUAUACCAGAAAAGUCUAAACAUCCUCGUCUAACAUUUUCGUCAUUCGCCUUCCCCCUGGAGAAAUAUGAAACCACAUUAGUCAAGUCUCACAAUCUGAUUAUGGUCACAUGGUUCGCGCCCAUGCGACUGGAGCAAUACAGAACGCUGGAAGAGUUUGAGAGGAGAGGAACAUCGCAUAGGAGAGGAGAAUUCAUAAUGAUUAUAUUUCAGCCAUAGAAGAGGUAAAUGGAAAGCGAAAUGGACUAAAAUGCGUUUUGAAAUCAUGAACGCUGGCACGGUUAAAUUAUGCGCGUCACUUUGUAUGUGGCUUGGAAUAGUUACCUGGAUAGGAAAUGUUAAGUUACAUCUUUGGUCUGUAUUUGUCCAACAAUCCGCUGAACGGGACGUUGUAUUUUCUGUUUUAAACGAGCAGGUUAAUGUGUCUAAAAGACACGCGACGGAGAACGCAGGAUUGCGCGAUGGAAAAACUUUCAAUAUUCGCUCCCCAGUCAUUCGGAAUAACGUGAUUGAGCACCGGGUCUUCUGGAGCGCGUGGCUGGACGGUCUCUCCACUCGUGUCUUUGACGUGGAACACGAGAGGAAGUGGAGAGAGCAGGUCCGGGACGCUCGGGUGGUCGUACUGGAAGCGGGCUGCGGCAGACCCACAAACCGUAUCGCGACCUUCGCCGACGGCACGAGAGCAUGCGUGCGAUACGGCAUCGACGCGGAUCAAGUGCUGGGAGAAACGCUGUCGUAUUAUCUAGCGGAACUGCUUGGGAUUUCCAACCUUCCGCCCUUGGCGCUUUCCAAACUGAACCUGUCCAGUGAGCAGUGGGCAAGUGUACGAGGAAAUAUCGAGGCGUUAGAAUGGUCCCCAAAUGCCAUUGUGUCUCUCACCGAGUUCAUCCCGAAUGUCACUGGAGUGUUUAUUCCAUUACAUUUGCGGAAGCAGCAAGGAGGAGGUCUGCAACUCUCUGCUGAGACAGUAUCAAACAUGACUGUAACAUAUCUGGUUGAAUUAAUGCAGUGGAGUGAUCUAAUCAUAUUUGAUUAUUUAACAGCCAACUUUGAUCGAAUUGUCAGUCACAUUUUCAGUCUCCAAUGGGACGCGCGCGUGAUGGAGAGGACCACUAAUAACCUUCUCAAAACAAACAAUGGACAUUUGCUUUUUAUUGAUAACGAGGCAGGGCUUGUUCACGGAUACAGAGUGCUUUACCUCUGGGAGCGAUAUCACAGACUGCUCCUGAGUUCGUCGUGUAUAUUUCGGAGAAGUACAGUCCGGCGCAUAUCUGAGAUGAAGCGCUCCGGUAACAGCGCCAAGCUGCUGUGUGAACUGUACCGCGCGAGGGAACCGUUGGCGCGCGAGCUGGGCUCUCUUUCCCAAGAGCACGCGCUUACAUUGCAGAACAGGAUUGAUGUCGUUUACAAGCAUAUUAAGCAGUGCACAGAAAUCAUGUAGACAUUUGCGAGAUCAGGUGUUUCUAUUUGUAGGUGCUACACGUUGGUCUAUAAAUAAGUUGCUAUCUGUACUGUUAUCAUGAUAUUCCAGUGUGAACAUUUAAUGAAUUAAUGAAUAACGUAAUAGAAUAGGGAUAUUAACAAAAGGCUGUUAUUGUUUAAUCUAUGGGUUGAAUCAUUCCACCUCUCCUGCUGGAGAAAAAAAGAUCUUAAACCAGCUUAAGCUAGUGAAGGUUACUGGUUUCACAGGUUGCUCUUUUGGUGGGUUUUAGGAAAAUUUAGGGCACUUUUUUGGGUCAGACUGGGAGACAAGCUUUCAAACCAGUUGAGCACCAGUUUGGGCAGGCAGCAAGCUGGUUUAAGAUGUUUUGUUUUCAUGAGGGUCCAUCUGGUUAAAAAAAUAAAUAAAGACUUGCUGGAUCUUAGUCAAAAUAAAUAAAAAUCAAAUACAUGUUUUCCCUUCAUUUCUAUGCCUGUGUGAUAUGUUAGUUGUGUUAAUAUGGUUUUGAUGACUAGGGGAAACUGGAGAGCAUUGUAGCGAAAUUUAUUCAGUUUUUAAUUUUUUUCUUCACACUGUCUCAAAUUGUGUCCUAAAUUUUAGAUGCAUCACAUAUUUUAUGCUAUUUAUUUAUCCCUAAACUGUCUAAAUGUAUGUCAAGUGUUAGUGCUGUUGUUACAUCACUACACUACGGGGAUAAGUUGUAACACAGAAAAGUAAUUUUUCAUAAACGUUGAUCUACACUUCAUUCAAUUUUUUACAAUAUUUGUAGGUCCAAUAGAAGUAAAUUACAACCCUCCCCAUCUGUUCAGCCAUGAUGCUUCUCAUUUCUAUAACAUGUAGAUGAGAUCAUCUUAGCAUUGGUUGAAUAUGAAUAGGCCUGACAGAAUGAUGUAUGACUGUCCAAUGCAGCUUAUUAUGAAUGCUGAGACAGCAAUGCGUUUUUUUUAAUACUAUGUCAUCAUCUUUAUCAGUAAUAUUGAUCUCCAUGACUGAUAUAUUCUAUGAAACCCUUCCUGAAAUACAAUUACAUGCAUUAUUUCCCUAGUUCAAAAUUAUACUUUAUUUGUGUAUUUGCCCACAUUAAUACUGAAAAAAACCUUCCUAACUUGUUUGCAAGAAAUGAAAAUCUAAUAUUUUUAUUUACAUUAUUAAAUCUGUCAGUUAUGUUCAGUUCCAUAAAUCAGAUGUGAUGGAGGCAGGGUGAACUGUCACUAAAUAUUAAAGUGAAAUCUUUGAGCACACUUUCAUGAGAGCAUGACUUGAUCUCGUCAAAAGUUGCAGAAAUGAAAACGCAAUAUACAGCUUUAGUCACGUGGAAGAAAUACUAUUUCAUGAGAAUUCAGAAAGAAACAAAUAUGGCGAACAGAGGGCUCCAUUCCUGCAUUUCCCCACAGACUCUCAGUCCUUUCAUGGCCAGGGGUGUUGAGGUGUAUUUGGUUUCAAAGGCAUUUGCAGCUUUCAUCAACUCAUAUCCUCUUUAAGCUAUUUUAUCAUGACUGCUUAGGGAUCAGGAACACCAACAACAAAGUGAGCUUUUUAAAUACUUUUCUGUGCCACAUAUAUUUUAAAUAGUUCACAUUGGUAUGACUUGGAGUCCUAUAGCUUAUAUACAGUAGAGGUAGCAGCAGAAGUGAUUAAGUGGAGGUCAGAGGUUAAACAAAGGGGAAUGUUUAUACCAGAUCAGCCACCUGCCCAAUCAGUCACUUUCCGUGUCAAACACACCCUACAAGCAUAGCUAAAUAUGUUUACUCUUACAGUUUGCAGAUCACAAACUAUAUCAGUAAGUCUGCUUUACUGAAACUCCAACUGUUCGUGUUGUUGGGUUUUUUUUUUUUUUUUUUUAAUAAAUACUUUUAUUCAACAAGGGUGCAUUAAAUCAGUGAAAUGAAGACAUACUAUUACAAAAGAUUUCUAUUUCAAAUAAAUGCUGUUCUUCUGAACUUUCUAUUAAUCCUGAAAAAGAAAAAAUGUUAAGAAACACAACUGUUUUCAAAAUAGAUUAUAAACUUUUGUAUUCCCAGCUCUAAACAUGAAGCUCAAAAAGUCGUUCCAAAACGAAGUUCUUCUGUAUUUGAAGCAAGGCUAUAGGCAUUAUGUAAUGGCCUCAGAGACCAGGCCUUAUUCUAUUUUUCAAAGGUCUGUGGUUUUGUGUAAUGCUGUAACUUUUUAUAUUAGGGUGAUAUAUGGAGCAGCUUGUAGACUAUAUGGGCUUUUUUUUUUUUUUUUUACAGUUUCCAAACUUCAACAAAAAUGAAACCAAUUCCCUGUUGUUAGGAUGUCAAGUAUGGUUAAAAUAUUAACCCAUUUCCCCCCUCUGUGGAACACAAAUAAUUAACUCAGCCUCCACACAAAAAGCUUUCCCCUCUCUGUACGCCACUAGCACUGAUGGAACCAAAUAGAAUCCAUCUAUAAUAAUGACAAAUACAUGGAGCCGAGUGCAAGUGUGAGAAGUUUGAGUUGGAUCGUCAUCUAUCAGAACAGACGUGGGAGUUGCAGAAUGGCAAAGUGGGUGUAAGCGUGAACUUAUAGAGAAUUUAAUGACUCUGUUUUUCAGACUUUUCACAACCUUGAAUGAAUGUAUGUACAUGCACAUGAAUGUGUUGUGCAUUAGUGGAAAGCUGUACAUAAAAAUGAUUUUGCCAGUAAAAGGUAUUUUUGUGUCUCUUGCCUGUUAUAGUAAGGAUUUCAAGAGAAAUACUUGCUCAUGAAUGCACUAUUUGUUGAAGUAAAUCUCCUACUCAUGCACACAAACACAUGUACACACAUGCAAUUCAUGAGUUGCUAUGGAAGAACAGAGGCGAGGCCAAAGCACUCCAAAGCAGACUGGCAGUAAUUGGCAUUUCUCCCUCGAUCUCCCCAGGCCC